AUGCAUGACCUGGGUAUAUCAUCAAUUAUACAGGCGGACACACGUCAUGUAGCAAGAUUUAUGCAAUCUUGUUUGCUUACGUGUUUCUUCGCCGCCAUUGGAGUGACAGGAUUUGUGGAGGAGAUACAAUUGCCAAGAGAACUAUCGGAAUGUUACAAGUUACGAACAAGGAAUAUUAGCAUAACAGACUUCGUGUCUGAGGACAUCAAUAUGUUCUGCAUCAACCAAUUCAUCUACUCUACACCGCAUCUUCGUCCUCAGCAAACGGUAGCCAACGAAUCAAUUCUCUACGUACAGGAACUUAUGCGUCAGGUUCUUGGAGACGUCUACCAGUACAAUAGCGUGGGUAGAAGACACAAGCGUCAGGUAGGAGUCAUACCUGUAAUAAAUGGACAACAGGGAAUAGUUCAACCGUUUGAUCCUACCUCGAUAUUGCAGCAGAUACCAAGAUUAGGACAGGUACCUGCAUUAGGACAGAUACCCGGAUUAGGACGCAGAUCAGUAGUGCUCCCAGGUCCUACAGGCAGAAGAUGGAUACGGCGUGAAGUUAGGACGCUUAGUCGGAGAGAAUGGGUCGAUUUUGUCAACCGGAUCAACCAACUGAAAAGAACUCCGGUGGGACAAUCCAACCGUUAUGACGCUCUGGCAGAUAUUCAUAGAAUGGCAGUAAGGUUUGCGCAUAACGGCCCAAAUUUUCUUGGAUGGCACCGAUUCUACCUUAUGUUGUUGGAGCGUGCAAUUGGUAUGGCAAUUCCGUAUUGGGAUUGUCGUAUUGAUUUUUACUUGCCCAAUCCGGUCGAAUCAAUAAUCUGGACAGACGCAUUCUUCGGGUCCGGAUUUGGUGAAGUGAGGUCAGGACCCUUUGCGAAUUGGAUAACACCAACUGGAACACCUCUGAUUCGUAACAUAGGAAGCGCAGGUUCACUGAUAACAGACACAAUGGUUUCGAAUAUUUUAUCUCAAAUCGAUAUCAAUGCUGUUACAGAACCUAGCGACAGUCCCUUCACAAUCGAGCGCGUUCAUAACACAGCUCACGUGUGGUUCGACGGUCAAAUGUCAGCCCCUUUAACAGCUUCUUACGAUCCGGUUUUCUUUCUUCUUCACGCAUUUAUUGACUAUAUAUGGAGUUCAUUUCGAAAUCGACAAAGAGCAGCUGGAAUCAAUCCAGCAAUAACAUAUCCUAGAUCACCAGAUCCAAAUCAGGCUCCAGGAGCGCGCAUGUUUCCCUUUAACUACCGUUGUAUUGAUGGCUACUCCGAAUUCAUCGAGAGAAGUGUUGUAUAUGCUCAGCCGCCGAGUUGUCCUUACUGUGGUAGAUAUGCAGUAUGUUGGCAGGGGAGGUGUGUAUCAAGGGGAGGUGGGAGACCAAGAAUGCCAGGAGGACGUGGGAUGUUUGGGACAACUUUUGCUUCCCCUGCUUCUGGUGGGGACACCUCUUCGUUUGGUCCGAGAUUCCAAUCCGAUUUCCAUGACCCUCGAAACAGCCGAGUAAAACGUCAUGCGAGACGAGAUUCCAGUGAAAAGAUACUUGAUACUGACGCAUCUCAGAUCAAUAGACCAUAUCAGAACACAUUUGAAUUAAACGGUAAAAGCAGCAUUGAUCUUUGGGUGUUUGUACCUGUUAAGAUUAUCUUCGAAAGACCUCCACAGUUACACUUUAAAUCGUAUCCAAUUCAGAAUGGCAGCGUUUUAAGAGCUCAUGAUAUGUUCACACCAGUAACAGAAGCACGUAUGGAGACAAAUAACAAACAACAGGCAACUUACAGGGAUUGUCAUGUUUCCGGUUCCGGUGCUGCAAAGGUUUAUGUCCAGACCGAUGGUAUUGACUAUUCUGGCAGGUACAAAGAUUAUACCAUAGUGGAUGAACGGCAAAUUGUUUCGUCUUCUAUGACAUAUAUAGGCGUGAAAAAUCCGGGUAAUGAAGGUGCCCAGUUUUAUAUGAGUGCGUAUGACUCGUGCGGACGUGUCUGUCGUCCACAUUGUCUAAAUGAUAAGGGUUAUGAGUCAUGCUCUGGUGCUUUCCGUGUGACUUCAGCAUUCCCAAAGAUGUAUGGCAUAACCUAUGAAGAUGCAAUAAAUAGAAACUGGAAAAAAGGUGGAAAGUUGUUACAUGAAGUAAACACAGCAGAACUCCCUGUCGUGUUCCUUUGUGAAGUUGAAAAGGCAUGGCCUUGGAAUUGA